AUGAUCGACAGGUUUUCCAGAUGGUCCGAAGCUAUUCCUUUAAAGGAAAUCACAGCGGACACCGUUGCUAAAGCUUUUCACGAUACCUGGGUAGCGCGUUACGGAACACCGGCCAUAAUAACCACAAAUCAAGGCCGACAAUUUGAAUCUGCCAUUUUCCAGGCUCUUACUAAAUACUUAGCAAACAAAACGCGAACAUCUCCUUACCACCCCGCAUCAAACGGGCUGGUAGAGAGAUGGCACAGAUCCUUGAAGACUGCAAUCACCUGCAAGGAACACAGCCACAGAUGGGUGGACCUACUACCAGACGUCCUUCUCGGCCUCCGCACAUGCUACAAGGAAGACCUUAAAUGUUUAACAGCCGAACUGGUCUACGACACUCCAUUAAGACUUCCCGGUGAGUUUUUCGAAAACGGAACCUUUACACAAGAACCAGAUAUUUUUGUACAGGAACUCCGUAACCGCAUGCGCCUAAUCAGGCCACAACCCACGGCCCACCAUGGGAAACGCACAUCCUUCAUGCAUCGCCAACUGAUGGAAUCAUCCCACGUUUUCGUCCGAGAUGACACUGUAAAAAGGCCGCUACAACCUGUAUACUCAGGACCACACGAGGUGAUCACAAAAAUCGACGACAGAGUAUUCACCGUACGGAUCAACGGCAGAGACGUCAACAUAUCCACUGAAAGAUUAAAACCGGCACACCUACCUCCAGACGGCUCUCCAUUACCUACUACAGAAGACAUAUCACUCGAAGAACCCGUUUACUCCGGUAAACCGGAAAAACACAUGCAAUUUACUCGCGCGCAGCAAAACACUCGGGGGGAGUGA